AAAGAUAUAAUAAAUAAUAUUAUUUGUUUUGUUUUUUAAUAAAAAGUGUGUGUGUAUCAUAUUUUAUAAAAAAAUUAUAAAAUAAAUUCCUAAAAAUAAUUAAAAUAAAUUAUUAAAUAAAUAAUAUUUAAACACACCCUUUAAAAUAAUAAACAACUAAAUAUCAUCAUAUAUAAUAUAAGUUUUGUAAAUAAAAAAUAAAUAAACAUAUUAUAAUAAAUAAAAUAAAAUAAAAAAUAGAUAAAUAUAAUGAGUAAAAGAAAAAACGAUUCAGGUGAUACCAAUAAAAAAGCAAUGAAAAAACAAGAAUUAGAAACUACAGAAAUAUCAACAAAUAGCAGUACUACAGAUAAUAAAGCUAAUUUAAAUAUAAACGAUUGGAUUCCAAAAAAAGAAACCUAUUCAAAGAGAUAUUAUGAAAUUUUAGAAAAAAGAAAAGAGUUACCAGUAUGGAAGCAAAAAGAAGAUUUUAUAAAUAUGGUUAAAAAGAAUCAAGUUGUAGUAUUAGUUGGUGAAACUGGUUCUGGUAAAACCACUCAAAUUCCACAAUUUGUUGUCGAUGCAGGAUUAAUAUCGCCAGGUAAAAUGGUUGGUGUAACACAACCAAGAAGAGUUGCAGCAAUUAGUGUAGCAAAAAGAGUAUCAGAAGAAAUGGAUUUCGAAUUAGGUCAAGAAGUUGGUUAUUCAAUUCGUUUCGAAGAGUUAUCGUCACCAAAAACAUUUAUGAAAUAUCUUACUGAUGGUAUGUUACUCCGUGAAUCUAUGGGUGAUCCAACUUUAUCAAGAUACGAUGUUAUCAUUUUGGAUGAAGCUCACGAACGUACACUUAGUACCGAUAUUUUAUUUGGUUUAAUUAAAGAUAUUUUAAAGAGACGUAAGGACCUCAAACUCAUUGUUAUGUCUGCUACAUUGGAAGCUGGUAAAUUUCAAAAAUAUUUCGAAGGUGCUCCAUUAAUCAAGGUACCAGGUCGUUUACAUCCAGUAGAGAUUUUUUAUACAGAAAAAGCAGAAAGAGACUAUUUAGAAGCAGCAAUUAGAACUGUUGUCGAAAUUCACAAACACGAAGACGAAGGUGAUAUUUUAGUGUUUUUAACUGGUGAGGAAGAAAUUGAAGAUACUUGCGCAAAAAUUCAAAGAGAGGUACGUGAGGGACGUUUAGCACCACUCAAGUGUUUACCAUUAUACUCCACUUUACCAAUUUAUCAACAAAGUAAAAUUUUCGAUUCAGUCAAGGAACGUAAAUGUAUCGUUUCAACCAAUAUUGCCGAAACCUCUCUUACAAUCGAUGGUAUCGUUUAUGUAGUAGAUCCAGGUUUUUCAAAACAAAAAACAUAUAAUCCACGUUCACGUGUUGAGUCACUUUUAGUUGCACCAAUUUCUAAAGCCUCAGCUAAUCAAAGAGCUGGUCGUGCUGGUCGUACACGUCCAGGUAAAUGUUUCCGUCUUUAUACCGAAAAAGCAUUCCAAGAAGAUUUAAUUCAACAAACCUACCCAGAAAUUCUUCGUUCUAAUUUAGCCUCUGUAGUAUUACAACUCUUAAAAUUAGGUGUUACUGAUUUAGUACAUUUCGAUUUCAUGGAUCCACCAGUACCAGAUACAUUAAUUCGUGCACUUGAAGUUCUUCAUUUCUUGGGCGCAUUAGAUGACGAAGGCCAAUUAACUAAAGUUGGUACCAUUAUGGCAGAGUUCCCAUUAGAUCCACAACUCAGUAAAAUGUUAAUUGAAAGUAGCGAACGUAGUUGCUCCAACGAAAUUUUAACUAUAUCCGCAAUGUUAUCUGCACCAAAUGUUUUUAUGCGUCCAAAAGAUAAUAGAUUAGAGGCUGAUGCUUCUAAAAAGAACUUUGAUCAUUUCGAUGGUGAUCAUCUUACUCUUCUCAAUGUUUAUCAUGCCUUCAAAAAGAAUGGUGAAGAUCCAACCUGGUGUUAUGAAAACUUUUUAAAUCAUCGUGCCCUCAAACAAGCUGAUAGUGUUCGUUCUCAAUUAGCAAGAAUUCUUACAAGAUUCAAAUUACAAUUGGUUAGUGGUGAUGUAAAUAGUCGUCAAUACUAUCAAAAUAUUAAAAAAUGUUUAGUUGCUGGUUUCUUUAUGCAAGUCGCCAAACUUGAAAAGAAAAAUAUUUAUUUCACUCUUGGUGAUGAACAACAAGUUAUCUUCCAUCCUUCAACUGGUCUCACUCGUAAACCUGAAUGGGUUAUCUACAAUGAAUUUGUAUUAACCUCUGAAAAUUAUAUUAGAACUGUUACCGAUAUCAAAUUUGAAUGGUUAUCUGAAGUGGCUCCAGGUUAUAUUAAACAAAAAUCAUUCCCAAAGAAAACAAAAGAAGCAAUUCAAAGAAAUUUAAAAUAUACUAAAUAA